UUUAGAAAAUAAGGCAUAAUUUUUUGCAAUUCACAAACCACGGAAAACUUGUGCAGGAUGAAAAGAUAACAAAUUUUGCUUAUAUCAUAAAAAACCUCUGUCACUGUCAAUGCGACAGUCAAGUCAUUUGACAUUUUAUUAUUUUGAUCAACAUCAACAAAUCUUUUGAACUGUGAACUGAAUUACAUUUCCAGCAAUAUUCAAUUGAUUUUCGUUGUUAAAAAGCCUAAGCCACUGAAAUUGCCUAUAUUUUAAAUAUGGAUACCGAUGAAGGCAAACACUCUGCAAUUGUUAUAAAUGACAAAAUAAAUCCAACAGAAUUUGACGUAACCAUGCAUGCAUUAUUAGUGGGCUUAGAAGCGGAAAAAUACGUCGAUAUAUUCAGAAAAAACAACAUUGGACAAUGCACGCUCAUGGAAUUAACCGAUGAAGAUUUGACAAAGUUAGGGGUUGAUGAACCAACCAUUCGACAAAAACUUCUCGAGGAAGUUAAAAAUUUACCGAUCUACGAUGAAUGUAUUUGUAAUGUAAAAUUAAUACCAAAUUUAGGAGCAUUAGAAAUUGUUGAUGUCUUAGAAGAAAGCUCUCAACACUUAUAUAGAGUUUAUUUAAGUGUGUUGGCAAAUACUUUGGCUGUUAAAAAAACUAAAAAGAUUUCCGAUUGUAUAUUAUAUAAAGACAAAUAUGCAUCAGACAUAGCUCUUUCUACAUUAAGUGAAAUAACUUCAAUAUUAAAUUCUAUGGAUGUUGCACUACAUACAAACUUUAAGGCACUCAACCAAGGAAGAGGUAAAUCAAGGAAUAAGAAGAUUCUUGUUGGAGCUAUUGGGAGUGCUGUUGUAGCUGUGUUGACGGCAUUGUUUGUGAAAUCAUUAAAAGAUCUCAAUUAAGUGUAUAAAUGUAAUGUGUAAUGGAUUAGUGACCUUUUCAAGCACCUGGACAUUAUUUGUUAUGUUGUUUAAGACUGAAUUUUGUUAAUUAUCUAUAUAGAGACCUUUAAACUGAAGAAAUA